UUUCAGAUAUGAGGCUUCUCUUGGCUUUCCUUCUUCCAGUCAUCUGUCUAGCUCUUCCACCAAUACUUCCACAACUACGAACGCUACAGAGUACAGCAGUCGAGGGUAAACUGCUCUGCAAUGGAAAGCCAUACGAAAAAGCUCGAGUGAAGCUGUAUGAAGUUGAUCCUCUUAUCGACACUCUAAUGGCAGAGCAGCUUUCGGACAAAGAUGGCUACUUCAAACUUUCUGGAAAUGAUACCGAAUGGUCAAAAAUCGACCCUAAAUUGAACAUCUACCACAAUUGCGAAGAUGAGAAUGUUGAAUGCUGGCGCAAAGUCUCAAUAAGAAUACCAGUCGAGUAUGUUACUGAGGGAGGUGUGCCGGAAAAGACUUUCGAUAUUGGAACUCUUAACCUCAAUGCGAAGCUGCCAGGAGAAACUCGAGAUUGCCUCAACUAAUUCUCUUAUAUUAUUGGAUCUCUUCGAAUAAAAAUUUUUCUUUU